UUUGUUGUUGUUUUGGUACUUAAUGAAAAAGAAAUGAAAAUUAUCAAUGUCGACCGAAAGGACAACAGUGUUAUUUGCAAAAGAUAACAUUUACCUACAACUUUAUCGGACAAUAAAAUCAAGAUAAAACGCAAAACAAAUGUUUCUUUUGUGUAAGCGUAGCGGUGCCUCGGGGGGCGGGGAAUGUUGUUUUGUUUGUUACCCACAGCCAGCUGUUUACCCACGACGCGCAGUCGAGUACCUGAGCAAAAUGCGCAGUUAGUUCCAGACAGUCAACAGAGAGCCUCGGAAUUCAGCCGGCCUCUGAAAACAUUAAUAUGGUAUCUCCAACUGAUCUGAUGAAGCGCGUAGGCGUGGGGGGUCGCCUGGUGCCGUUCUUCAAGUGCGUGUGCGUGUACUUCGCGGCGGGCGGCGGCGCGCCCUCCGCCACCGCCGUCGCGGCCAAGUGCGCGCCCGUGCUGUGUCUGCUGCUGCUCGUCGCGCUGCAGCACUCUCGCACGCGGUACGGGCGCCUCGUGUGCGGCGGGCUGGCGCUGUCCGCGCUGGGCGACGCGCUGCUGGUGUGGCCGCAGCACUUCGUGGCCGGCAUGGCGGCGUUCGCGGCCGCGCACGUGCUCUACAUCGCCGCCUUCGGGCUCCGAAGCGAUUCACUUGUAUACGCCGCCGUUUUGUACGCCGCCACUUUCGCCUUCCAGACGUUGAUCAAACCGCCUGGAGCUUUGGCAGUUUUGGUGCCCUUGUACGGGCUGUUGUUGGCGACGAUGGCGUGGCGGGGCGGCGCGCGGGCGGGCGCGGGGCGCGGCGCGUGCGCGGCGGCGGCGGGCGCGGGCGCGCUGCUGUUCCUGGUGUCGGACGCGCUGCUCGGGUACAGCCUGUUCGGAGGCCCUGUGCCGCAUAAGCAGGUGCUGGUGAUGUCGACGUACUACCUCGGUCAGCUCGGCAUCGCUCUCAGUGCGCUCGAGCCUGCGCACGCGCAUGUCUCCGCAGAUAGGUGUCAUUGAACACUCACCCCACCAGUAAUGGACGACAAACGGUGUACUUCUCCGGAACUCCUCAUCUCAUAUCCGUGCCUACACUAAUGUAUCGAUCAAAUUAUAUCAAAACAAUAUCGACAGUGCUGCCUCUAUUGAGCAGUCAGUAAAGUAAGUGCAUUUACAGAACUUCCCAUGCGUUGUUUGAUAGCGGUUUCCGGAGUAUUUGUAUGUUAGUAUGUUCCUAGAGUUUACCUUUCACACUUUGUAAUCUUCCUUUUUAGUGUAAGCGAAUGUAAUCGUGUAGCAAUGCCGCGCGUUGCUAACUGAAUAUUGUUUGUAAAGUUUUACAGUGUUGCACGAAGUUCAACACACGAGACGGUCUGUGAUAUGAAAUCAGUUAUCGUGUCUUCUCAUUAGGUUUAAUUGGUUUGUUUUAUUGGUCUAUAUAAUGACGCGUGAAGCGCGAGUAAUAAAAAAAUGUAUUAAAAAGAAAAAUAAAAACCUUUUGAUUGUACGAAACGUGCCAAAGAGUGCGAGCGAAUCUACAUGUGCAAUCUCCAACUUUGAAAGUUGAAAAAGAAUAUUAAGUGUUAAUUAUUAUUAAAUAUGUAUUGUGUUAUGUCUUCUCUAGCUAGUAGGUAUUCAAUGAAUUGAAAACAGGCAUGCGAGAAUCGUCACAUGUUGGAAGCAUUUGUAAAAUGUUAAGAAUAUUAAAUGUUACUUGAACACUUGCUGUCUAAGUUUGUAUGGCCCUCACAAACUUAGACAAACCUAGGUCUAAUAGAGACUCGUGUAGAGAAAUAGUUUGGCUCAAGGAAAUGGUUGCACCCUCUUAGAUAUGUAAGGUCAGGGGUGAAUUUCCAAUUAGAAUGUUGAUCUUGAUAUGUCAAUGUUUUUCAAUCGACAUCAACCAAGACGUACAAGAUGCUGAUAAUUCGAUAUAAAAAAAAAAUACUACACCAGUCAGUAUUUUUUUAAUGUCACUAGUGCUACAAAUAUAGGUUCCAUACAUUCAUGAUUCUAAUAACAUUUUGUUGUAUAGAGCGGUGCGACCAGAUUUCUAGCACGGCGUGUCGUGCGGCCUAGACUGAACAACCAUAAUAGCGUAGAUAUCUAUUUUUAUAUGUCUCUCUUGUCCAUUGGACGAUCUCCACUUCGCCGGCGCUGGAGAAGGAACACAUUCAUAACUCAUAAAAGUAUUUGCAUCUCUUCUUCAGGGCAGAUUUGAACAGCAGAAUUUGAUGUUUUUAAUUGACCUUACAGUUAAAAAAAAUUUGUAAAAUAACUAUUUUGCAAAAUAAAGAAUCAUGUAUUACCUCCGUC